AUGUACCGCCAAAUUCGCGUUAACGACGAAGAUGCUAAUUACCAAUUAAUCCUAUGGCGCGACGACCCUAAUAAACCGGUACAAACCUAUAAGUUGUUAACAUUAACAUAUGGUACCAAGCCUGCAAGUUUUAUAGCGACGCGAUGUUUAGCGGAAUUAGCAACAAUCAACGAAGAAAAAUUUCCCACUGCCUGUCACGUAAUAAAAAACAAUUUUUACAUGGACGACCUGCUAACAGGGCAGUUCGAGAUAAGAAAAUUUCACUCGAAUGACGAUGAUUUUUGUUUAGGAAACACAACCAAAAAGGUAACGAAGCGCGUAAUCCUAUCACUCUCGUCUCAAAUUUUUGAUCCGCUGGGUCUCAUCGGCCCGGUAAUAAUGAAGGCUAAGAUCAUUUUACAACAGUUAUGGUCGUUAAAAUUGGGAUGGGACGAAGCGGUGCCAUUAUCCAUACAUAGCGCAUGGACAACGUUUUUGGCCGAAUUACACAAUUUAAAGAACAUAAAAAUCUCACGUAAAACUAUAUCGAACUCGCUCGUGAUAAGCGCGGAACUCCACGGCUUUUCGGACGCAUCCCAACAGGGCUAUGGAGCAGCCGUCUAUCUGAGGGUGCUAAAUGAAUUUGGUGCGUACGAAAUAAAACUCAUGUGUGCGAGAUCGCGCGUCGCGCCCUUUAAGACGAUGACCAUGCCGCGACUCGAGUUAUGCGGAGCGUUGCUGCUGGCGCAGCUAAUGUCGAAAGUACGGCAAAAUAUUUCUAUCAAAAUCAUUAGAGAAAUCUUCUGGACUGACUCGAGCAUCGUACUGGCAUGGAUCCACACUCCCGCGAAUUCGUUAAACAUUUUUGUAGGAAAUCGCAUUUCGGAAAUCACUGCUCUGACAAAGCCAACCGCUUGGCGCCAUAUUAACUCCGAGAACAAUGCGGCAGAUAUCCUAAGUAGAGGUUCAUACCCAUCAGAAAUCAUUCAAAAUCCAAUCUGGUUCAGCGGACCAGGAUUUCUAAAACUCCCUGAACAUCAAUGGCCACGAUCCCACUUAAAAGUCAAUUGCGAUAAUGCACCAGAGAAAAAGGAUCCGGUGAUCGUAUGCAGCGCAGGUACGAUAUCAGAGGCAUUGUUGCACCAAUACUCCACCUUCAAUAAAUUGCAAAGAGUCAUGGCGUGGACUCUUAGAUUCGUUCAUAAUUGCAAAAAUACUAACAAAAUACGUAGAAUUAAUAAGGCGCCUUCGAAUAACUCUAAAAUACUUUCGUUAAAUCCAUUUAUGGAUGAAAACAAACUCAUACGGGUUGGGGGCAGGCUGAAAAACUCAGCACUCGAUAGAGACGUAAAACACCCUAUUUUAUUGCCCAAAAAUCGCGUAGUCACUAAGUUACUAGUAAGACAAGAGCAUGAACGCCUUCUUCAUGCCGGCCCCCAAGCCACCUUGGCGUCCAUCCGCCAACGUUUUUGGAUCAUUUCCGCAAGAAGUGCCAUUCGACAAAUACUUCACAAAUGCCAUCCGUGUUUCAAAAUUAAUCCAACACGCCCAAAGUUCAAAAUGGGGGAUCUUCCCGCGCCCAGAGUGCAACCGGCGCGACCAUUCUUAACAUCAGGAGUAGAUUAUGCGGGACCAAUCUUAAUUAAAGAAUCGCGAGGACGAGGUAAACGUUUAAUAAAGGCCUACAUCGUACUAUUCAUCUGUUUCGCGACAAAGGCGGUGCAUAUUGAAAUGGUUAGCGACUUAUCCAAAGACGAAUUUCUUGCUGCGCUACGUCGGUUCAUGAGCAGACUUGGCCACCCUCUCGAUAUUCAUAGCGACAACGGCACUAACUUCAUCGGCGCAAAAAAUGAAUUGAGGGAGAUAACUGAAUUUUUGCGAAAACACGAGGGUCAAAUCAGCCGUGAACUCUCAAAUAUCAAUGUCAAUUGGCAUCUAAUUCCACCGAAAUCUCCCCACAUGGGAGGACUCUGGGAGGCGAAUAUAAAGAGUAUGAAGAAGCACUUAAAAAAAACGGUCGGUAAUUCUCAUUUAACAAUGAAUGAGAUGUACACACUACUCGUACGCAUCGAGGCUUGUUUGAAUUCGGGACCGCUCAUACCCUUAACCAAUGACCUUAACGACCGCCAAGUCCUUACCUCCGGCCAUUUCCUGAUUGUAGAGCCACUAACCGCGCUUCCAGAGUACGACCUCCAGGGAAUACCACUCAAUCGACUGUCCAGGUGGCAGCUAGUGGAGAGGCUUCGAAACCAUUAUUGGACCCGGUGGACACGUGAAUAUUUGACGACCUUACAGAGCCGCGGCAAGUGGUUCCAGAACAAUAGUAAUCCGGAUCUAGUAGGAUAUAUGGUGGUCCUUGUGGAAGACAACCUCCCGCCCCUAUCCUGGAGGAUGGGGCGAAUAUGCGACGUGCAUCCAGGAGACGAUGGCCAGAUACGAGUCAUCAGUGUAAAAACGACCAACGGGAUCGUCCAACGUACUGUGAAGUUUGUGUGCUUGCUUCCGACAGGAAAUAUCAGUGACGCGCAGUGA